UUCUCGAGGGGACAAUGGCCAAGGCGAUGCCAGACCAGAAAGCCGGAGAAGCGGCGACGGCGGCAGCGAAUCCGCUCGAGUUCCAUGUGUACGGCCCCCGCAACCUGCCCUGCACCAACUGGAGAGAUCUCCUGAACUCAAGCUGGAAGAAUCCCAGCUACCGGCGGAUGGUGAUCGCGUGCUUCAUCCAGGGGGCGUACCUGCUGGAGCUGGACCGGCAGGAGAAGCGCGACGAGCGCACCGGCCUCGCGCCGCAGUGGUGGCGGCCGUUCAAGUACAGGCUCCUCCAGCCGCUCGUCGACGAGCGGGACGGCUCCAUCUACGGCGCCGUCCUCGAGUGGGACCACCAGGCAGCGCUGUCGGACUACAUCCCGUUCCGCCCCACCCGCGCGCCGGCCGCCGUCGUGGCGCUGCGCGGCACGCUGCUCAGGGCGCCCACGUUCCGCCGCGACGUCGUGGACGACCUCCGGUGUCUGGCCUGGGACAGCCUCAAGGGAUCCGUCCGCUUCCCCGGCACGCUGGCGGCGCUGCGGGACGUCGCGCGCAGGUUCGGCGCCAGCAACGUGUGCGUGGGCGGGCACUCGCUGGGCGCCGGGUUCGCGCUGCAGGUGGGCAAGGCGCUGGCCAAGGAGGGCGUCAACGUUGAGUGCCACGUCUUCAACCCGCCGUCCGUUUCGCUGGCCAUGAGCCUCAGGGUCUUAGGCGAGACGGCCGGCGAGCUGUGGGGCCGUGCGCGUGCAUGGAUCCCCUUCGUGGGCUCCCAGCCGGCACCCGACACGAGCGGCGGCAACAGCGAGAGCGAGGCGAUGGCGUCGCUAGCACAAGCCGGGAUGGCAAGAUGGAUCCCUUACCUGUACAUCAACACGAACGACUACAUCUGCUGCCACUACACCAGCGAUGCGGCAGGCGGUACGGCGGCCGUGGCGGUCGACAACCGCGGCGGGGCCGGCAAUGGCGCUGGCAAGGCCGGGGUGGCGACGAUGGUGAUGGUGUCCAAAGGGCCGACCAAAUUCCUCGCCGCGCACGGGCUGGAGCAGUGGUGGGCGGACGAUGUCGAGCUGCAGGUUGUCCUCAACGACAGCAAGCUCAUAGGGCGCCAACUCAGGUCGCUCUACGCCGCGCAGGUCGCACGGAGAUAGGCUCGUGUGCC